AUGCACUUGGCAGUAGCGCGUUCAAACGCGUCGAAAGAGGAAUGGCGCCUUGAUGCUGGGAAUUAUGUGGACUCAUACUUCCGCAUGAUUCUUAUGGAACCCAUUUGGAUGCACAUGGGAGGACAAAAGAACAUGAUCUCGAAAAAAAUAACUUUCAGAAAGGUGGUGAAGUGUGAUGACCGUGCUUGCUGUGCAAAUGUGCAGAGUUCUGUUCGAUAUAUUCUUUCGGAACGCUUCAUUAUACCUCCUUACCCGAUUUUGCAAUCGUCCAGUGGCGUCUCUAUUCCGAAGCCUCAAGAGCGUGAUGCCAAGACAUAUGCUACAUUUCUCCUGAGUCGGUCUCUUGAAAUCACCCCAACGCUUUAA